AUGAAGAAACAAGCUAUUGAAGUAGCAGGUUACGCAGUCCUGCCUUUGCAGCUGCCCGAAUCACCCUGUCUUGCAGAGCCUGCAACACAUUACCUUUACCUCCGCCCUCAUGAACCUCGCAUUCCUGACGUUGACACUCCCCGUUCCCUUUUCGUCGUUAACGUGCCUGUCGACACAACCGAGCUACACCUGCGACACUUAUUCGGUACUCAGCUCUCCGCCGGUCGGGUCGAAAAAGUUCAUUUCGAGGGUGUCCCGACAAAGAAGAAAGGCGCUGUAGCCAUUACACAGGGCAAUGUCUCGAAGAACAAGAAAAGAAAGCGGGUGACAACCGACGACCUAGAGGGCCAACUCGAGGAAAUCUCGCUACCGUCAACAUGGGACAGAGAGUUGCAGAAGAGCGGCGCGCACGCCGUGGUGGUCUUCGCCGAUAAGUCGAGCAUGGAAGCGAGUCUGAAAGCCGCCUCGAAGGCCGCGAAAAAGGGCACUACAAUUGUCUGGGGCGAGGGUCUCGACGACCGUCUACCCGCGUUGGGACUGCAGCGCUAUCUCAAUCACCACCAGGCCAGCUACCCUGCUCGCGCGGACCUGCUUCGCACCGUCAACGAUUUCAUGACUGUGUUCACGCACGUCGCAGAGGCGCGGAAGCGCGAGGAGGCGCGCAGAGUCCAGGAGCCCGACGAGGAUGGUUUCAUCACAGUUACCAGUGGGCCGAAGCUUACGUCUACUGCGCACGAGGAUGAGGCUCGGGCGCUCCUUGAGAAGCAGAAGAAGAAAUCGGAGGGUCUGGGUGACUUCUACCGGUUCCAGUCGCGUGAGAAGAGGAAGGAGAGACAGCACGAGCUUCUCAGGAGGUUCGAUCAAGAUAGGAGGAAGCUGGAGGAGAUGAAACGGCGCAAGGGGAAGAUCAGGCCCGAAUAA